CUCGACCAGACAGCCAGACCAUUGACCAACCGUUCUUUCACAGAGCUACAAUGUUGGUUCCAAUGACGAUAGUUUUCAUAUUUUGUAUAUUUUGUGCACUAGGGCACAAUGUGUAUUCGAAUUCGGAACAAAAUAGGGCGUUGCCAAAUUCGCGUUCCGUCUUUGUAUGUAAGCGCCCGGCUGUGCCGUGGCUGAGGGACUUGCCACCCAGGCCAAGGAUAAUAAACCCUGCCCGAGUUUGUGAUGGAAAAGUGGACUGCCCCCUAGGCGAUGACGAAACCUGCACCACGUGUGGAGAUCCUCCACAUGUACCGUCGAGCUUCCGUACCGACAGUCAAACGUUUUUCCCCACGGGAGCCGUGGUAACAUAUUCCUGUCAUUCCGGAUUCGUGUUAGGUGAAGUUGAAAGCGUCAUCUGUGAUCGUAGCGGAUCUUGGUCAAAGGCGCCUUCAUGCAAAAAACAGUGCGACCCGAUACCGCAACUGGUAAACGGCUUGAUGGACACGUACAUCGAAACUCUGGUGACCGGCGCAGUGGUGACGUUUUCGUGUGUCCCGGGAUUCGCUCCAUUGAGGAACAACUUCCUUCGAUGUGACUCGAGCGGAUCUUGGUUCGGAACGCCCGUGUGCCAACCAGUAUGCCCGGUAUCCAAUCUUCCCACUGUUGCAAAUGCUCAACGUCAGGCAGUUACCGACCCGCUUACUGUUGGCAUGGUGGUGACCUAUACAUGCAACAGUGGGUACUCUCCUGCCGCAGGAACCAAUUCGAUAUUUACUUGUGACCGAAACGGGCAAUGGACUGGGAACGCGGCUUGUUUACCAUUUUGCCUGGUAUCCAAUCUUCCUACUGUUGUCAACGCUCAACGUCAGACAUUAACCGACCCGCUUACUGCUGGCUCGAGUGCGAUCUAUUCUUGCAAAGACGGCUUCGCUCCUGCCCCGGGAACCAGUACGACGUUUACUUGUGACGCUAACGGGCAAUGGACUGGGACCGCGGCUUGUUUACCUAUAUGUCCGGUAUCCAAUCUUCCCCCUGUUGUCCAUGCUCAACAUCCGACUGUUACUGACCCGCUUACCGUCGGUACUGUGAUCACCUAUAUUUGCGAGGAUGGCUAUAUUCCUACGCCGGGAAUCAACAUGAGUUUUACUUGUGACAGUUUCGGGCAAUGGAGUGGGAUCGCGACUUGUUUACCAGUGUGCUCGGUAGCAUCUGUUCCCGUGGUUACCAAUGCUAAACAUUCGGUUGUAAUAGCACCGCUUGCUGUCGGCACCUUGGUUACCUAUAUUUGCGACACUGGCUACUCGCCUGCCACGGAAAGCAAAAUGUCUUACACUUGUGACGAAAUGCGGCAAUGGAAUGGCAGCGCGUCUUGUUUACCACGCUGUACUAACCCGGUCAACACGUCUGACGGGAGGUCAUGGCGCCUCUGUGACGGAGAUGGGCCGGGGUUUAGUAACCCCAAAAAGGGUCGUAUCGAGGUCCAAGUUGACGGCGUGUGGGGAACAGUUUGUGAUGACGGUGUCACAAACUGGCGAAACCGGAAUUUGGAUAUUGCCUGCAAAACGUUUGGUUACAGCGGCAGUAACGGGUUGAACAGGAGAGCAGCAUUUUUUGGGCAGGGAGUGGGCCCAAUACACAUGGAUGAUGUCAGUUGCACUGGUACUGAAGCGUUCUUGACCCAGUGUCCGUAUACAAGGAUCAGCAAUUGCAACCACUGCGCAGACCAGGGCGUGGAAUGUCUUUAAAUGCAAUAAACAUGUUAAAUUGCUAAUUUCGUUGUAUCAAAGAUACGCUAUUACUAAAAAAUGAAUUUUAUUUGA